AUGGCCUCAGUAGAGUUGCAAUAUGGAGGUCAAAGCCUGAGCUCAGUGAAGGUGAAGGCAGGAGAGGCACUGCGUCUCCACAGGACUUCGGUGGGAGAGGAAGCUCAGGAGGAUGGGGGCGCAGAGGGAGGAGCCGAUGGUGCAGAGAGCUUUCACUCUGUGGAGUCGCCCACUUCUAACAGAGGAGUCUUUUCAUCAAUCACACACGCAGGAAAAUCAGUGAUCAGUGGAGGUUUGGACGCACUGGAGUUCAUUGGGAAGAAGACUAUGACUGUUCUUGCCGAGAGCGACCCUGGAUUCAAAAAGACGAAAAUACUGAUGGAAAAAACUGCAUCCCUGAGUCAGAUUUUAAAGGAAGCCAAAGAGAAAGAACGUGCCCGACUCUGCAACCAUCCAGUCAGCGCUCCCUCUGCCCACUAUGGCAUUUUAUUCGACGAUUACCAGGGCUUAUCGCAUCUUGAGGCCCUUGAGAUCUUGUCCAACGAGAGCGAAGCCAAAGUUCAAGCCUUUUUGUCUUCUCUGACUGAAACAGAGCAGGAGGAGGUUAAAACUGAAUUGAUUUUUAUAAAAGACAUCUUCAUCAGGCAAGAGGAUGAGGAGGCAAAGGAGGAAACCAAAGCUCAAGAAGGAGAGGGACCUGAGGCCAAGGAUAAUGCCUCCGAUAGCGAAGAGUUCCUGAGUGUUCUUACCGAGCUGUUGUUUGAACUUCACGUUGCAGCCACUCCCGACAAGCUCAACAAGGCUCGUAGGAGAGCCCAUGAUUGGGUAAGUGAGGUGGAACGGCCCGUCACUGCGGAUACUGUUGGCAGGGAAACAGAGGACCCAAUGAAUAGAGAGGCAUUGGGUGAAGAAAACAAGAGUGGAGAGAAUGGACAAGAUAAAAGUGAAGAGACAAAUGAAGAAACCAAAGAAAAGGACUCUAGAUCUGUAGAGGCUGUCUACCUGUCCUCAGUUGGAAGUUUGGCUGAAGUGACCGCACGCAGUAUUGAGCAGCUCCACAAGGUGGCAGAGCUCAUCCUCCACGGUCAGGAGCAGGAGAAGGCUGCCAGAGACCAGGCCCAGGUCCUUACCAGGUUAACAUGUGCUAUGUGUAAAGAAGUAGAGACUUUGGCCAAGAAAUUCUCUGACACGCUGCUUUAUGUUGGGAGUCCAAAGAAGGCCGAGGAGCUGAAUCCAUUGGUAGACAGUGUGCUGCAAGAGGGCUCCAACAGCACAAACUACAUUCAAAACGCAUUUCAGCUCUUGCUCCCAGUUCUGCAGAUCUCCCAUAUCCAGAGCCAGCAGUGUCACAAUACAACACAAGGAGAGGGUACAACACACUAACACACAAGCCCCGUCGCAAGCUUCUUAAGUUACUAAUAUAUGAUGAUUAAUUGUAAACACACUUUUUCAGAUAUGCUUUAGUUGUAUAGAACAUCUUAAAGGUCCUAUAUUGCACUAUUUUUGACUUAUGUUAUGAUGUUUCCUCGUCACAAACAUAACUGGAGUUGUGUUGUAUUUCACUAUUUUUGACUUAUGUUAUGAUGUUUCCUCGUCACAAACAUAACUGGAGUUGUGUUGUAUUUCACUAUUUUUGACUUAUGUUAUGAUGUUUCCUCGUCACAAACAUAACUGGAGUUGUGUUGUAUUUCAUUUGCACAUGUUUGACACACCAGUCCUGCAUAUUUAGGCUUCUCUAAGCUUCUUUAGAGUUCUUCUCUCAGACAGAAAACACUCUGAUCCACCUUGUGAUGACAUGCGAUAAUACAGAAAGUGCUCUUGUGUGUUUUUAAACUCCAUACACCUUCACUAGAAUCAUUUUGUAUCAUUUCAGCUCUGUAAUUGCACAUCUCUAUUGAACUAAAGGUAAAAGAAGCUGUUAAUUUAUGAACUACCAUUACAUCACAUCACAAGGUACAACAGAGCAUUUUGAGCUUUGGAGAUGUACACAGAUUAAUAAACCAUGAUUGCGCAAACAUGUAUGAAUGAAACAAAACACAACUCUGGGUAUGUUUUUGAGGAGCUAACAACAUUAUAACAUGGCUAAAAGUUCACAAAAUUUUGUGUAGUGUAGGACCUUUAGGCAAGCAUUUCCAGAAAUGUAUAAAUUGUUUUUUAAGCUCAUAGAUGUAGUCGUAGAUUUCUUGCACUCCAUUUGAUGCAUUGGUAUUUCUAUGGGAAAGUUUUGUUGCACAUCAAAGAAUUUAUUGGAUCUGGUUUGAAAUGAACCAGCAUUACCGACUAGAAAUAUUUAUUAUGACUAAUUUAGACAACACUUAAUCAUUGUGUACAUUUCGAUUUAGGAUUCAGGAUUUUUUUUUUUUAUUAAUUUCAUAUACAGUGGUUUUAUGAAAUGUUAUGCUGCUACAUACUGUAAAUGUCAACUUUUUGAGAGGACCAAAUUAUGCCAACUUCAGAAUUUUUAUUUAAUUUUUCUAAUCCACUGUUGCUUUAAUACUGCAUUAUAAACAUAUAGAUUUAUUUGCUAUUGCUUACGUUACUUGCCUUGAUCAAUUUUCAUUCAUGAAGGGUCCCUUAAGCCCACUCUCUUUAAUUAAAUUAAACCUUUAAAGAGUAACGUUUACUGUAUUGAUCAACAGUGUUCAGGAAAGCUUUUACGUGAAUAAAAUAUAAGACUGCAUAUUGUAUCUUAAUGUUUUGGCGUUUCUUUUGGGACCAGCGCUUUCAUCACCAGAAUAUAAUUAACUUACUUGAAGAGAAGGCU